AUGUACAAGUCCAGUCAGCUUAUCAAGAACAUAACCACUUCCAAAGGUAAGCUAAUUGCCAUCGAAUACGUCACGAAAACGGACACCUGGGAGCGGAGGAUCAUUGCCCAGAGCCGAAAGAACGACGAGAAGUACAAGGAGACUCUGAAGCCUGAUACGGUCACGGUCGAUGUAAAGUGAGCAUCAAAUCAAAAGAUCCGUCACAUCAUCAUUCUGACCGUAGAAGGGAAGCAGAGCACCCUAGCAGCAACGAUCCAGCAGAACAUUUUUCAGCGUUUGAGCUGGACAAGGACAAUAACGUUAUUGCCUCGAAGCAUUACUACAAGUGA